UCAUCUCUCCCCCAAAGUCAUGGCCGAACCCCUUCUCUUCAGCGUCGCAGACUCGCUCAUUAUUAAGAUUGCUUCUCGUGCUGUUCAAGGAGCUUCUUUGGUUCGGGGUGUGCACGAAGAUCUGCUAGAGCUCAAAGAAACUGUGUCAUUCAUCAAAGCUGUGCUGUUGGAUGCAGAGCAAAAGCAGCAACAGAACAAUGAGUUGCGUGUGUGGCUCGGACAGAUUAAGCGUGUUUUCUAUGAUGCCGAAGACCUAAUCGAUGAUUAUGAGUAUGAAUCAUUACAUAAGAAGGUGGUCAACGCUAACGGUAGCAACACAAGAAAGGUAUGCUGGUUCUUCUCAACUUCAAUUCCUCUUGUUUAUCGUCUUAGAAUGGCGAGUCAAAUAAAAGAUAUCAAAAAAAGAUUAGACAUGGUUGCCGCUGAUAGGCAUAAGUUUGGCCUUCAAACCAUUGAGAAUGAUACACGUGUUGUGCAUAGGAGGGAAAUGACUCACUCCCAUGUUGAUGCUUCAGAUGUGAUAGGAAGGGAACAUGAUAAAGAUAAAAUUUUAGAGCUUUUGUUACAACAUGGUGAGGAUAAAAGUCUCGCUGUUAUCCCCAUCGUGGGAAUCGGAGGCUUGGGGAAGACUACACUUGCACAGUUGGUGUUUAAUGAUGAGAGAAUAGAUAAGUGUUUCCCUUUAAAGAUGUGGGUGUGUGUGUCUCAACAUUUUGAACUUGAGGAUUUGCUUCGUAAAAUUCUCAAGUCAGAUGAUACGGGUAGUAGUAUUUCUGCUCCUACCCUAACUCACCUGGAGAGCUUUAAAAGUUGUGAUGUGGAGCAACUACAACGUUUAGUAAGGAAUAAACUUGCUGGUAAAAAGUUCUUGGUUGUCUUGGAUGACGUAUGGAACGCUGAUCGUGCUAAAUGGGUUGAGUUGAGGAAUUUACUACAAGGAGGUGCUAAAGGAAGUAAAGUCCUUGUAACUACACGUGGCCACUCAAUUGCUACCAUGAUGAUGACCACUAAUUCAUAUUACAAUUUAGAAGUCCUUUCUCAAGAUGAUUCCUUGUCCCUAUUUGUCAAAUGGGCUUUUAAAGAAGGAGAAGAGGGGAGGUAUCCAGAAUUGUUGGAGAUUGGGAAAGAAAUCGUGAAAAAAUGCGGUGGGCUUCCAUUGGCAGUGAGAACAUUAGGGAGUUCAUUAUUCUUGAAAGUUGAUAUGAAAGACUGGGAGUCUGUUAGAGACAAUGAGAUUUGGAAUUUACCACAAAAUGAAGGUGACAUUCUGCCUGCUUUAAAAUUUAGUUAUGAUCAACUACCUUCAUAUUUAAAACGAUGUUUUGCUUGCUUCUCCCUUUUUCCAAAGGACUUUGUAUUCUGCGAUGCUCAUGUUACUCGGCUUUGGGAGGCACAUGGAUUUCUUCCAUCACCAAACAAGAACAAAACAGUGGAUGAUGUUGGCAAUGAAUUUUUGCAUGAGCUACAUUCAAGAUCUUUUCUUCAAGGUUUUAUUGACUAUGGUCCUGGUUGUCAAUUUAAAUUACACGAUUUGGUGCAAGAUCUUGCAUUGUUUGUUGCAAAGGAUGAGUUUCAACUCAUAAAUUCCCGUAGUCAGAAUAUAUUUGAGAACGCCCAUCAUUUGUCAUUUGUCAAAAAUGAUUUGCCUGGUCAAACUUCCUUUCCAAGAGGUCUGAGAACCAUAUUUUUUCCUGUGGGAGCCAACAAUGAAGCUUUCUUGAAUACAUUGGUGUCGAGGUGUAAAUACUUGCGAUUUUUGCAAUUAUCUAAUUCUGAGUAUGAGAGUUUGCCCCGCUCUAUUGGUAAGUUGAAACAUUUAAGAUAUCUCAGUGUUUCAAAUAAUCAAAAGCUGAAGAGUCUCCCUAAUUCAUUGAGCAAUCUCCAAAAUCUGCAAGCUUUGAACCUCCAUGAAUGCACAAAGCUACAAACACUGCCCAAAGGAAUAGGAAACUUGAUUAGCCUUCGAGUUUUGAGUAUAAGCACAAAGCAAUCUGAUUUUCCGAACAAAGAUAUUGAAAAAUUGACUUCUCUAGAAGUUUUAAGUUUAGCUUUUUGUGACAAUUUGGAGUCAUUGUUCGAAGGGAUGCAACUUCCUAAUCUUAAAUGGCUUACUAUUAAAACUUGUCGGAGUCUUAAGUCUUUGGCACUUUGUGCUACUCCAAACCUAGAGAAUUUGUAUAUUAUGAAGUGCGAUAAGUUGGAAUUGUCAAAGGACCUUGAUAACCAAAUUCUUGAGUUAAGGUUAAAAUUACUGUACCUUAGUAAUUUGCCACAGCUGGUGACUUGGCCUCAAUGGCUUCAAAGAUCUGCGGCCACAUUACAUUCCUUGAAGAUUGAUAACUGUGACAAUCUGAAGGAGCUUCCCCAGCAGUUGUCAGCUUCGACUUGUCUCAAAAUACUUUCAAUUGGGAAUUGUCCAAAGUUGCAAUCACUCUCUAAUGAUAUGCAUCACUUCCCCAACCUUGAAUAUUUAGUAAUUGAAAAAUGUCCUGAACUAUACAGAAGAUACCAGCAUGAAGUUGGACCGGAUUGGCCCAAAAUAUCGCACAUCAAAAGAGUUUACAUUCAUGAAUUUGAGAAGAGGAAUUCUCUGAUAAAGAGGUCAAAAGUUUAAGUGGUCACAGGAAAUUGGGUAUACACAAGAAAGUGAAGUCACCAUUGUCGGGUAAAGAAUGCAGGUUGAAGUCAGCAUCUGAAAUUGCAUGGCUCUCUGAUCACAGGAAAUGGGGGAUACACAAGAGAGUGAAGACACCAUUGUCGGGUAAAGAAUGCAUGUUGAAGUCGGCAUCUGCAAUGGCAUGGCUCUCUGGUUCAUAUUGCUAAGUAUUCUUGGAAGUCCUACAUUUGUUGUUCGCUUGGAUUGCAUGUCAUUGUGUCAGUGGUUCAGUUGGUGUUAAAUGGACUACUGUUCUGCCGAUGAUCUCAGGAAAUGGGGGAUACACGAGAGAGUGAAGACACCAUUGUCGGGUAAAGAAUGCAUGUUGAAGUCAGCAUCUGCAAUAGCAUGGCACUCUGGUUCAUAUUGCUAAGUAUUCUUGAAAGUCCUACAUUUGUUGUUCGCUUGGAUUGCAUGUAAGUGUUAGUGGUUCAGUUUGUUGGGUUCAAAUCCUUUUUGGGAUUCAAACAUUUAAUUUUAGAGAAGUAGUUCAGUUUGUUGAGUCCAAAUGCUAGCUAUCGUUCUUCUUCCUUAUUAUCCCCUGCCCUUUUGUUUCAUCCCUGUCCCCUUCCUUUAUCUGCUCUGUUCUAGUGUCUCAUUGUAUGGUGAACUAUCUCUUGGACAAAAUUGCUGAUGUUUCUUGCUUGCAAUGCACAGG